AUGUUGCGAACCAUGGCUAUGAUGACGGUUGCUGUCGCUCUUGCGCUAGCCGACGGUACGGCUGCCAGCUCCCACAAGAUCACGACCCUUCCUGGCUACAACGACGCCAAGCCCAUCAACUUUGAUCAGUAUGCCGGCCACAUUCCUCUACCCAGCAACGGCCAAAAGAUGUUUUACUGGCUCGUGGAAUCCGAGUCCAAUCCAUCCACGGACCCGCUGGUGCUGUGGCUCAAUGGCGGCCCUGGCUGCUCGUCUCUCAAUGGCUUCUUCACCGAGUUGGGUCCGUUUGUGGUCCAGAGUGACUUGAGCGUCAAACGCAAUCCGUACGCGUGGAACCGCAAGGCCAACAUGGUGUUCUUGGACUCCCCGGCGGGCGUUGGCUUUAGCCAGCCGGUGCUCAACGCGUCCGAGUACACCGACGACGUGACCGCCGCUCGAUCGCGCGAGUUUCUCAAGCAAUUUCUGGAGCUGUACCCUCAAUACAAGAACCGCGACUUUUACAUCACGGGCGAAAGCUACGCCGGCAUGUACAUUCCGUUUCUUGUCCAUAACCUCGUCACAGACCCCGUGGAGAAUCUCCACUUGACCGGGUUUGCCAUUGGCAACGCGUACACGGACCAAAAACUUGACGACGGGUCGUACAUGGAUUACUACUACAGCCAUGGGCUCGUGUCUAUUCAAACAUACCGAGAGAUUCAAAACAACUGCCAACCGUCCGAGCUAUGGCUAUGCCAAGACGGACACCCUGGCUGCUCGGCUUUGUGUGCUGCCACGUAUGCAGCCGCAGAACUAAGCAUCGACUUUGACGAGAUGGAUGCGUACUACAUUUACGGCGACAUUUGCCUCCUUCAAGCCAACCAGUCGAAAGCGCUCCAGCGCCAGAAGAACCACAUGAUUCGAUCGCUCACUCAUCGCGGCACACUGGGGCCUUGUACCGAUACGUUCAUGACCUUGUACUUGAACCAACCCCAAGUGUUGGCUGCGAUUCACGUGGAUGGGGGGGCUGGCCAGUCGUUUUCUGAUUGCAGCGACGACGUCACUGAGCUGUACUCGUCUAGCUUGACUGUCCUGGACAAGUACCCCACGAUCCUCCAAGCUGGCUUGAAAGGUCUCAUCUACAGCGGGGACGCUGACUCGGUGGUCAACUUUAUCGGCACCCAGCGGUGGCUCACGGACGAUGGCCUAAACCUGACCGUGACUGAGAAGUGGAAAACCUGGUUUGGCCCCGACAAGCAACUAGCGGGGUACACUGUACGGUACACCAACUUGACGUUUAAGACGGUUAAGGGAGCCGGCCACAUGGUGCCCGCCGCGAGACCGUUGCAUGCAUUGUACCUGUUUGAGUGUUUUGUGUACGGUCAAGUGGCAUGCGACUCGUUUGCGUACCCGAAAGACCCCACCGAGUACUUAAGUGGCGCUGACUUGACGGCCCCUACAUCGAACGGACAAGGGGAAGGCGCGGGAGCGGUGGUGUGGUGGUGGCUCGGGUUUGCGGCGGCGGCUGUGGCGGUCGGUGUCUCUGUAGUCGUAAUGGUCAUGCUCAAGAAGACUCAAAUUGACAGGGCCCAGUAUGUGGAACUCAUGGCUGGACCGCCCAAACCAAAGUAUUCUACUUGA